AGAAAUCUCAAAAUCCCUUUCCUCUCUAUUUCUCUGUGUAAUUUCGUCGAACACCUGCUGCGCACUUUUUCCACAGAGAGAGAACAACAAUGUCUCUACGCCCUAACUCAAAGUCCGAGUCGCGCAAGAAGUCUUACAAGUCCGGAGUGGACGCCGACGACGCGCGGCGGAGGAGGGAGGACAACUUGGUCGAGAUCAGGAAGAACAAGCGCGAGGACAGCUUGCUCAAGAAGAGGAGAGAAGGCCUACCCCAGUCGCACCAGAUCGAUGGCUCCUCCAACCCACCCGUCUCUGAGAAAACGUUGGAGAGCAUACCCUUGAUGGUGCAAGGAGUGUGGUCUAAUGAUCCUGCUUUGCAAUUGGAGGCGACUACUCAGUUUCGGAAGCUGUUGUCAAUCGAGCGUAGUCCUCCGAUUGAUGAGGUUAUUAGGGCUGGUGCCAUCCCUCGAUUCGUGGAGUUCCUUGGGAGGCAGGAUCUGCCGCAGCUACAGUUUGAAGCUGCAUGGGCUUUGACCAAUGUUGCAUCUGGAACAUCUGAGCAUACUCGAGUUGUUAUUGAACAUGGUGCAGUUCCCCUGUUUGUGCAGCUUCUAAGCUCCGGCAGUGAUGAUGUCAGAGAGCAGGCAGUAUGGGCUUUGGGUAAUGUAGCUGGUGACUCACCAAGUUGCAGGGACCUUGUUCUUGCACAGGGUGCAUUAGUGCCAUUGCUAUCACAGUUGAAUGAAAAAUCAAAGUUAUCCAUGCUGAGGAAUGCUACAUGGACUUUGUCUAACUUCUGUCGUGGCAAGCCACCCACACCGUUUGAACAGGUGAGGGCCGCCCUGCCUGUUCUUCAACAACUUAUCUACUUGAAUGAUGAAGAAGUCUUGACAGAUGCUUGCUGGGCCCUAUCAUAUCUCUCAGAUGGCCCAAAUGACAAAAUCCAGGCUGUGAUUGAAGCAGGUGUUUGCCAACGACUUGUGGAGCUUCUUCUCCAUCCAUCAGCUACAGUUCUCAUACCUGCCCUUCGGACUGUGGGAAAUAUUGUCACAGGCGAUGACUCCCAGACUGAGUAUGUUAUUCAAAAUGGAGUGCUGCCUUGCCUGAAUCAACUUCUCAAUCAAAAUCACAAAAAAAGCAUCAAGAAAGAAGCUUGUUGGACAAUUUCAAAUAUAACAGCUGGGAAUAAAGCUCAAAUACAGGCUGUGAUCGAUGCCCAAAUCAUACACCCACUAGUGCAACUUCUUCAACAUGCGGAAUUUGACAUAAAAAAGGAAGCUGCAUGGGCCAUCUCAAAUGCAACUUCUGGAGGAUCUCAUGAACAGAUUCAAUUCCUGGUGGCUCAAGGUUGUAUUAAACCGCUCUGUGAUCUGCUAAUAUGCCCAGAUCCAAGGAUAGUAACAGUGUGCCUUGAAGGUCUUGAGAACAUUCUGAAGGUGGGUGAAGCUGACAAAGAAAUGGGAGCCAAUGAUGGGAUCAAUCUCUAUGCUCAAAUGAUUGAUGAAUUUGAUGGAUUGGAGAAGAUUGAGAAUCUGCAGACGCAUGAUAACAAUGAGAUUUAUGAGAAGGCUGUGAAGAUCUUGGAGAGAUAUUGGGCUGAGGAAGAAGAUGAACAGAGCCUCCAGCAGAAUGGAGAUGGAAAUCAACAGGGUUUUACUUUUGGAGGAAACCAGCCUGCCGCUCCCCCUGGUGGCUUCAAAUUCGGAUAGAUAGCAGUUUAGGAGUCUGAUUCUGGCAGCAUAGGAUUCUGUUCAGGAUUCAUUACCCUUAUUUCGAUGAAUUUUAAACCUCAUUUUGAUUCCCCUUUACUGCCAAGGGCCAGGGUUUUUUGAUUUGGCUGAUUAAGCUUGUCUAUGGAAUCUGAUAGAAGAGCCUAAAGCUGCAAACAUAUGCUGUCUUCAAUUCUAUUUUGCAUUUCCAUACUUGUAGUAGGAAAAAAUUGCGACUCUUAUUCUGUUUAUGUCAAAAUCAGCGCAAAGAUAAUCGCU